ACUUAAUUAUUUUGUCGAAAAUUGAGAAAUUAAUUUUGCAACCAAAAAGAAAGCUAGACAGUUACGCGACAACGUGAAUUUGUCACGUUCCGAGGCUCCUUAGAACACCGUUAAGUAAACAGAUUACGAACAGUUUAUCAGGUGCAUUGAGACGCCUCCGUUUGACCUAUUCGUCGCCGCGGAAAAGUGAUGAAUCGUUCUCGCGUGCGAAAUUAUGCAGUUAGGUGGGACGUUCAGAAACGAUAUCGUUUCCGGCGAAACGACGAUAAGUCAACAUGAAAUACCGCCUUGGCUCGCGGAUCACUGACCGUCCCGGACGGACAGACGGAUCCUGUAUUUAUCAUCUUUGUGUCUGCCGGCUGUUAUUCGAAUCUUCUUACGCCAACGUUAUAAGUGAAAGUUAGCAAGUAGGACGCGCGACGUCCAAUCUGAAUGCCUGGACGUGCGCCAGAGAGACUCGAGUCGCCAUCACAAGUGCCGGAACAUCGGCUAUCGCCAAAUUAAUGAAUAAUGUUGAAAACCUAAGGCUUGCGUGCAAAUGAACAACGGAUUCUCUCACGACUUUCGAAAUUAUAUGACUCCCUCGUCAUUUCACUUCUCUCGUAACGCACGUCUCGACUUUUUCCCCUUCGAGCGAUCGACAGCCGGCUCGAAGAGGGUCAGAAGGACGAUGAAAAUCUUUGAUGAUCUCGCCGAUCUGGAACGAUCUGCGGUUGCGCAAGUGCUAACACGAGGAGCGAGUGCUCUGCAUCGCUUUUGCGAAGCACUUUUGCAAUCGGGGGAGGGCUCUACCAGGUCAUCUCGUUCAAUUGCUCUACUGGAUCUACCGUCUUUCGCAACGGCCCACACGACUUAUACAUAAUCCUCUGUAAUUUCUUGCGAAUGAGUAGGUUACCUCAGACAUUGCAGAUGUUCGACAGAUCGUGCUUGAAUAAAAAAACGUUUCAUGUAAUUAUAGGUCGACGGUGUAAGCGGAUCUGAAUAACGUCUGAUUUCACGCGAAGUGUAGGAAAAAAAUUUUUUUUUGUAUAGAACAUUUCGCACACUGUUUGAAUCAGAUAUUUAUGAAAGAACGAUGUCUUGUAUAUCUUCGAAAAAUGUAUAAUUAUUUUUCUAAAAUCCUUUUUGUUACACUUUUGAGAGUGCCAUGAAAAAUGGUUGUACAUUUUCUACAGAAAAAAGGAACGGAAACGGUUUCUGUCCUUGCACCUUCACGAAAUUAACUAAGAUUGCAUCGCUUUCAGAGAAAUAAUUUAUGGCGGUAUGUAACGGGUUUGCACUAUCUAAAUGCACGUUUGUGAAUGUGAGUUCAGUUAUUAUUUCGAAAGAGGCAAGAACCGCAGGAAAGUCAAAGCCUGGAAGAAUGGUAAUGGUAAUAUAAUUGCGAUCGCCUUAAUUGCAUCCGUUCAUAACGGAGACUGAUUUGUGCGACGAGUGCGUCUCAAUUAAAAUUAAUUAAUCAUUAUACAAGUCGCAACGAGACAACCGAAUCGAUCGGUGUAUCCUUUCUCGCGUUUCAAGGAUCAUUGAACGAAUCGGAAACGAUCGCUUGUCUCGAGGAAGUCGCGACUUAGCUCAGCGAAAGUAAUCGCCUCCAGAUUGUGUGCCGCAUUAAAACUCGACGCGGUUCUCUUUCACCGAAUAGGCCUCCGCGCGAGAGACUCGCGCGAGAAGGAGAGGAAGGAAGAUGGGUUUCGGUUUCGAUGGGCCUUGGAGGUCGCGGAAAAGUGAUGGCGCUUAGUAUAAUAGUCCCCACUGCCGAUCUCCCGACGGGGAAGAUUUGAAGAAAGUCGUCGUUGUAUGAAGAGGAUGCGCUCCGCGCCGCACGUAUCUUCUCUUUCUUUUUUUUUCUCUCCACGUACAACCCGUCCACGUGUACAACGGACACGAACACGCACGAGGUGAGCGCGCAUCGUGACGGGGGACCCCGGAGAAAGGUGCUGCUCCACCGUCUUCGAUAUUAGAGAGGAGCUUCUUGAGGAACGACGGCCGGGUCGCGGUGGUGGUGGCAUCGGGUUGGGAGAAACGGGCCCCUGCGCCCGGUUUGUCCCUCAGUUCCCAUGCGAGACUCCAGACGGUAUCGUCCGGCCAGGUACGUCCGAUCGUUCCGCGCGCGGUGUCAUGCCGCGAGUCAGCCGCCUCUAAUCGGCCGGUGAGAAGUGUGUGAUUCUCCCCUCUCCUCCUCCCCCUCCCAUUGUGUGAGGAAGUACACAAAGACGAUCACAGGAUGCGGUUCGUCAAGCUGACACUCUUGGCGUUUCUCGCCGUGGCGACCUCCGCCAAGGAGGAGAGCUCGUCGUCGAAGAGCCGCGAUAAACGUCAGCAGCUUACCUUCCACCUGCGAAAAAGCCGUUUGCCGCCGUACGCGGUUCAGAUGGAACCAAUAGUGCAGUAUUCGCAGAGAGAUCCCUUGUACAAUCCCUUAGCGAGUCCGAAGAACGACGAUUUAUACGAGGAGACGCCGCUGAGCUACUAUCAACAGGAGCCCGAGCCGAUAAUCGAGAUCAUCAUCAAAGAAUCCAAUGAAUCCCUGCCGACGCCGGUGCCUCCGUCGUCGCCGCCUCAGCCGCGACCGACGAAGGAACCCAUCCAGGUGUUCUACGUGAAGUACGAGAAGAAAAAGGGCUAUGGCGAUAAAACCCGCGUCGUCUACGAUCCGCCGAUACCGGCGCUGACGCCGGUGGAGGAACAUGAAGAAAUCAAGCCGGACAACUCGGUGCCGUACGAGGAAGAGCCGACGUACACGGCGACUCCGGCGCCGGCUCCGGAGCCGUCGACGACCUUGCGCGCUAUUAUCCGACCUGAUAGCGAGGUGUAUCACUCUGGAAGCAGUGGCAUUCGCGUGACUUUCGGCACCGAGCAAGUGCCGCCGAACAGUCACAGCAAGCGCAGCGAUCUGGAGACACCCAGCAGCAGCACACAGCAACAGCAGCAGCCGCAGCCGCAGCAACAACCGCAGCAGCAACAGAAGCAGCAGCAGCAGCAGCAGCAGCAGCAGCAGCAUACUAGCAAGCCGACGGCAUCACCGGGGUCACCGAAGAGACAACACGGCCCGUAUCAACCUCUGCAGCCGCCGGUGUCUCCAUCAAUACGAGUGCCGCCCGCGUUCCCGCAACAGCGGAUCGUCAACUCGUUUCCGCCGCAACAGCAAGCGCUACAACAACAGGCUUUGCAACAGCAGCCGACGUUUCUACAGCCGCAGCAGCAGCAGCCACAUCAUCAGGCAUUUCCACCUCAGCAAGCUUUGAGAAAUCCACCGCCGCCGCCGCCACCGCCGAGACGCCCGCAACGGCAUCCCAUAACGAUCCAAGGUCUUCCGGAAGUACAACAACGCGCGCCGUUCCAUAGUUUCGGCCCACCGCCGCAUCGCGUUAAUAUCAAUCACCCGCAGCAGCCAGGAUUCCCACCGACGCUAUCGGUGUCGCAUCAGAGCGUGAACCUGCAGAAUCAGCCGCUGUCGUUGCCGCCGUCUGGCUUCAGCGCGGAACCACCGCAGCAACCUCUGUCGAUUAGACCGAGCGGUUUCAAUGCGGAACCGCCGCAGCAACCACUGUCGAUUAGACCGAGCGGUUUCAAUGCGGAACCGCCGCAGCAACCGUUGUCGAUCAGACCCGGCAGCUUCAACCCAGAACCGCCGCAACAAUCACUGCCCAUUAGGCCGAACAGUUUCAACGCGGAACUCCCUCCGCAAUCGCUGUCUCCGUUCAAGCAACAGGAACUGGAGAAGCAGCGAUAUCACGAGCAGCGACGACAGCAGGAACUGCUGAAGCAGCGGGAGCAUCAGCGGCAGCACGAGCAGCAACGGCAGCACGAACAGCAACGGCAUCAGGAACAUCAACGUUUCCUGGAGCAACAGCGACAGAUCGAACAGCAGAGAUUAUUGGAGCAGCAAAGGCAGCAAGAGCAUCAGAGGCAACAGGAGCACCAAAGGCUCCAGGAGCAACAACGUUUGCAAGAACAGCAGCGGCUGCAAGAACAACAACAUCUGCAAGAAUUGCAGCGAUUGCAAGAGCAGCGCAGGCGAAAGCAGGAGCAAGAGCAGAAGCUUCUUCAGGAGCAACAACGAUAUCGCGCACAAUUCAAGUACAAUCAAGCUCAGCUGCAGCAAUCGCAAUUACAAUCGGCGCAACGACCAGCCGGUGAAAUCUUCAAGGCUGUUCCGAAGCUAGAACAGCAUUACGCGAUCAGAGAGAAUCCUCUUCAUCCUGGUCCGUUCCCGCCGAACUCCGCGGUGGUGCAAACUACCCCGUUCCCCGAAAUCGCUCAGAAUCACUUCGCCUCUGCGCAGUCGCCGAACGCUCUUCAGGAUUUCCAACAACUCUCCGGCAACGCACCGAAUCACUUCAUCUCCAGCGAUAUUCUGCAGCAGCAGCAUCAACAGUUGAACGCGAAGCAUCAGUCUUAUCAGAAUAAUCAGCACAGUUUCUUCUCGCAAACCCUACCGCCGACGCCGCAGCAGCGACCGCAACAGCGACCACAACAGCGGCCGCAGAGCACUUCGUCUCUGCAGCAAUCGUCAUCGAUAUGGGGCGGUCGCCCGAUAUUCAACUCGAAUCCCUCGCAGAAGAUCUAUGCGACGCCGGUCAGUCCGUCCGAGGAGUUCGAGUCGCCGUCGACCGCGAGAACUUUCCUGCCGACGACAACGACGACGACAACGACAACCACCACCACGACCACCGAGGCGCCAACUACGAUCCCGCCGAACAAGGUGGCGAAGAUUCAAGAGAACAUCGCCAAUCUACCGGACGAGGUGCCCGACGAUAUCAGGGAGCAGCUGUUGAGUUCCGGGAUUUUAGGUAACGCCGACAUCCAGAUCCUCGACUACGACAAGAUCGGCGACAUACCGAUCGAGAAACUGCCGCCGGAGGCACUGGCGAAUUUCUACGGAGCCGGAGGCGGUACGGCACUCGCCGCUGGUAGCGAGCCCGUGCCGUCGAUCGCCAAGAGACCGCCGACGAAGACGACGCAGCAGGUGAGCGGCGUUUCGCCGCCGAAGAAGGCGACAGCGGGGACCGCCGGCGGCGGUAGCGGCGCGACCAAGUUCGAGCCAGCCACCUUGCGACCCGGCGGCGUGGAGAUGAAAGUAGUACGCUUCGAUCCCAAUACGGAGCAAGGCCGGACCGUGGCGCAGCAGCACAUACGGGACGACGCGACCCGGCUCGAGCCGGUGACCGUGGGAGCGCGCGGGGAUGGCGCUCAAUACAAUCGUUACCUGCCGCUCAAAGUGAGUGGCGCGUCCUUCCCAAUACCGGAUACGCCGGAGCUUAACGGCCGUAGGAUCACGAGCGUCGUGGUACUGGCGCCCGUCGACUACGACUUUCCCGACGAGGCGAAGCAGAUCGCGGAGUCGCAGCGGCAGAGCAGGAAGAUCGACGGGGACGCGCAGCCAGUCAGAUUUUUCGCCGGCGACACCCUCAAGCAGCUCGUGAAGAAGCCCAGCGCGGAGAACUACAAGAAGUGGCUCGAACAGGAGAGUCGCACCGAACCGCAGAGGCAGUCCGUCGUGCUUCUGGUGACGAUACUGAGAGACGGUGAUGGUCAGGGUGACAAGGAAAUCUUCAUGUACGACGUGACCUCAGGGUCUGUCAGCAAACUGGCCGGCGAUCUCUCGACAGCCUUUGUAGACGCUGCCGAGAGCAACUCCGACGGCACUGCUUCCAUGGAUGAUUCCACCUUCUCGACGUAUUAACUUGUCUCGUAAAUCUCCUUUUAAUAUUUAAAACGUAAUAAUUUAUGGCCAUGGAAAGCGCGGAAUAUUUCGUGAAGAUUUUAUUAUAUUCUACUACGUUUUGGUAAUUUUAUAUCGCAAAUUUAUGACAGUUAAAAAUAAUUUUCUCCUUUAUCGCGAUAAUAGAACUAAACAUUUUGUAAAUUAUUUAAUUUAAAUCAAAUUUUAUUUUUAAUUCUUUAUCAUUCUGCUGAAUAGACUCUAGAUUUAAUUACACACAUUGAUGCGACAAUGAAAGAAUUUCAAUAAUGAAUACUAAUUUAAAAAGUGGUGGAUUUCUUGGGAUAUUGGAUUACAUGACAUGUUUCUCUUGAGAGUAGAGCAAAAAUAAAGGAAAGCAAUUAAAUAUAUGAGGAAAAAAUUGCGACGUGGGAAAUUAUUAGGAACUCAUAAGUAUCCUUGUAGAUAUCUUAAUUAUGUAUUAUUAUGUAUAUAUAAGGAUAAUUUUGUACUUUUUUAUACAAAAUAAAACGCAAUGUCUUAAUA